GAUAGGGACACGAGAGAGAGAGAGAGAGAGAGAGAGAGAGAGAGAGAGAGAGCACUUUAUUACCUUUUUUAUGAUGCACGCAUCCAUGGCAGAACAGAGAAGGGUACAGAAUUCUGCUACGACACAAGGGUAGAAGAAGAACAAGAAGAAGAAGAACAAGGGAAAGAGAAAGAUAAAGAUAAAGAGAAGAGAAGAAAGUAAGUCCGGAGAGGUAAGAUGGAGUUGGAAUGGAGUUUUCUGGGCAGAGGAUUAGAGUAGAUAACAUGGAAGAGCUUAAGAGAGGGAGAACAAGGGUGGUUGAAAGGAGCUAGUUUCCUUUUUCUGGUCUCUGUUGAAAUGGGUCUCUCUUCUCUUUGAGCAAGAGAGAGACUGGGUCAUUCAUGGCAUGCAAAGGGCGACGUUGGGUCUAAAAUCAUCAGGGAUGCCCUUUCAGUUGCAGGGUACUAAGGGGGCACUUGAACUAGCUGGUUUGGCUUCGAUUUGUGCCCAAGAUAACUGGAAAGCAAAGCUCCACCACCAUCAACAAGAAGUCAAUAGCUUUUCAAGCAGCAACAACACCGAACCAACCUCUGUUCUUCAUAUGAGAAGAAGCCCGAGUCCACCCACAUCGGCUUCCACUCUCUCCUCCUCCUUCAACGGUGCAUCCGCCGCCGGAAAUUCCGCUGACAACACCAUCGCUACUCCUACAACGGCCGCCGCCUCCCACAUCGACAAGAAAGAAGAAUGGGCAAACGAGCUGCAACCCAUCCCCAGCGGCCUAGAAAUCGUCGCCGGGACUGAAAGAUGCGGCCUCGGAAUGGAAGACUGGGAGACCAUGUGGCCGGAAUCCGCCGCAUCCCCGAGCCAAGAACAUUCCCUUCUUAGAUGGAUCGCCGGAGAUAUCGACGACGGCUCUUUUGGGCUAAAACAGCUUCUGCAGAGUGGGAGUACUAAUAAUGGUAACAACAAUACUUGUCUGGAUUUUGACGGCAAUGCUGGGUUGGGGAUUGUUGAUCAAGGCCCUGGGUUGGAGCCAAUCAAUAAUCUGAUUGCGAACGCCGGACCUAGUUUGGGUGCUUUUCCUGGUUCUGGCUUUAACGGGAAUGGGAAGAUUGGUUCAAUUACAACUCCGCAGCCACCGCCAGCAGCAACAAGCGGAGCUUCUUCGGGUGUGGGUGUUAAUGCCAAUCACAAGGUUGGUAGUGCUACCGCCGCCGCAAACUUUAAUAUACAAAGCCCGGUUUUCAAUUCUCCGGCGAACAAUCUUGGUCUGCCAGUUUCUUUGCCUCCUUGUUUGAUUUAUCAGUCCCAGCAACAGCAGUUUGUUGAAGCUCCGGAGGAAAAGCCACAGAUUCUCAACCCCCAGGUGUUGAUGAGUCAACACCAUCAGCAGACUCAAAAUCCAAACUUUAUCUUGCCAUUCUCUUAUGGGCAGCAAGAACAGCACCUCCUUCAUCCCCAACUCAAGCGCCAUAACUCUGGUGGGUUAGACAGCUCUUCUCAUCAGAUCCCCAAGCUCCCAUUCUCUGAUCCUGGGCACGAGUUGUUGUUAAGAAAGCAGCAGCAGCAGCAUGUGGGUAUGGGGAUGGGUCUGGGGUUUUCUCCUCAAGGUAUGCAGUUUUUUCCACAGCAUGUUCAUCAGCAGAAGCCAUUGAUGGUGGCAAAGCAGAAGAUGUUGGGGCCUGGGGAGGAAAUGACUCAAAAUCAACACCACCACCAGUUGCAGCAGCAGCAACAUGCUUUGCUCGACCAGCUCUAUAAGGCAGCAGAGCUGGUAGGGACUGGGAAUUUCUCACACGCGCAAGGGAUAUUGGCGCGGCUCAAUCACCAGCUGUCUCCUGUAGGUAAGCCCCUCCAAAGGGCUGCUUUCUACUUCAAGGAGGCUCUGCAAUUGCUCCUCCUCAUGAACAACCCAGUCACCUCCCCUCCGCCCAGGAGCCCCACCCCAUUUGAUGUUAUCUUCAAAAUGGGUGCUUACAAAGUCUUCUCUGAUGUAUCUCCGCUUAUUCAGUUUGUCAAUUUUACUUGCAAUCAGGCUCUCCUUGAAGCACUUGAAGAUGCUGAUCGAAUUCACAUUGUUGAUUUUGAUAUUGGCUUUGGUGCUCAAUGGGCUUCCUUUAUGCAGGAGCUUCCAAUAAGGAGUAGAGGCUCUCCCUUAUUGAGAAUCACUGCCUUUGCUUCUCCUUCAACGCACCAUCCAGUUGAGCUUGCUCUUAUGCGUGAUAAUCUAACUCAAUUUGCUAACGAGAUUGGUGUCAGCUUUGAGCUUGAAGUGAUUAACAUCGAUUCUUUAGAACAAACGUCGUACUCUCUGCCCAUUUUCCGGUCAAAUGAGAGUGAAGCAUUUGCUGUGAAUUUUCCCAUUUGGUCUUCUUCCAAUCAACCCUCCGCAUUACCUUCCCUCCUCCGCUUUGUGAAGCAGCUUUCACCAAAGAUUUUGGUGUCUUUGGAUCGAGGGUGUGAUAGGAAUGACCUCCCUUUCCCACAGCACAUUAUUCACGCCCUUCAUUCGUAUAUAAGCCUAUUUGAGUCAUUGGAUGCUUUGAAUGUUACUUCUGAUGCUGUGAACAAGAUUGAGAGGUUCCUUCUCCAGCCCAGGAUUGAAAAUACUGUGCUGGGCCGUCUUCGUGCCCCUGAAAAAAUGCCUGUUUGGAAGACCUUGUUUGCCUCGGCUGGCUUCACUCCAGUAACAUUCAGUAACUUUGCCGAAACUCAGGCAGAAUGUGUGGUGAAGAGAAGUCAAGUUAGGGGGUUUCAUAUAGAGAAGCGUCAUGCCUCACUUGCGCUAUGUUGGCAGCGAAGGGAGCUGAUCUCAGCUUCAGCCUGGAGAUGCUGAGAGCCCACAAUUUGACAAGCAGGGAGGUUGGUUUUUGACAAGCAACUCACAACCAAUUGAGAGAGGUUCGAAACUGCUCUGCUUUGAUGUCAUGUCAAUAAAUAUUGUAGUGUGUUACUGUUGAUGGCACCUCUUUUACUACUGAAUCCUUGUGCAUCUUCUCACUUGUGAGUCUCCGCUGCUUGUUUAUCUAGUCUAGAUGAGUAAUAUUGCCAGGAGAAGAACACAUCUAACUGGAAAGUCUACUAGAGUCUUAUUUGUUUUGGACAUGGAUAUGGUUAUUAUGAUAUUUUGAUGUUCUUUUUAAUCGUGAGGGCAUUUUCUUCUGGUUAAGCUCAUGGUCUAUUUGUUGUAUACUUGACAACAAAUGUGAAGUCAAAAUAGAAAUGGAACUCGCCAGCACUUUAAUUC